UUUCGAACGGUUCGUGAGUAUCGCACGAGACCUGCGUGGGCACUACCGCAUGAGAACGGCGCGCUCCGUAACUCGUGCCUACCGUCGGACAAGCCUGCGCUCAGGAAUGAGGUAACCGCCGGCGACGGGCUCGAUUCUUAGGCGUUCUCAACACGUAGAAACUAUCACCGGCGAAUAACUUGGCAGGUGACGGAUAAUACAUCAACAAACAAGUCUACAAUGACCGAUGCAAGAGAGAAGCCGCCGACAGAGUUGGAUACCUUCCUACCUCAAGAUGGAUCCAAUCUCAAGGACGGCGUUCUAUCCGUCAAAUAUAAAGUACAAGUUGCGCCACGCGAUGUCGAAGUCACAUUGGGCGAUGAAAAGAGUUUCGAUCCCUUCGCGGAACGCAAAGUCGACAAUCCGACAACGGAUUGCGAUACAUUGACGCACUUACUAAAAGCUUCUCUUGGCACUGGAAUACUGGCUAUGCCCAUAGCUUUUAAAAACGCCGGAUUGCUGCUGGGUAUCUUUGCCACGAUACUCGUCGCAUUCGUGUGCACGCAUUGUGCGUAUAUCCUGGUCAAAUGUGCGCACAUGCUUUAUAAAAAAACCCGAAAGACGGAAAUGGGAUUUGCUGAAGUUGCCGAGACAGCUUUCAGCAUCGGACCUCAAUGGGCGAGAAAGUUCGCGAAACCUUCCAGAUAUCUCAUACAAAUCAGUCUGUUUACCACGUAUUACGGCACCUGCAGCGUGUACGCAGUAAUCGUGGCUGCUAAUAUCAAGCAGAUAAUCGAGCAUUAUCAAGACGUUGACGCUGGCGAAUACAACAUCCGGUUAAUCACCGCUUACUUGCUGGUGCCGCUGAUACUUCUCAGCUGGAUACCCGAUUUGAAGUACCUCGCGCCAGUUUCGAUGGUGGCGAAUAUCUUUAUGGGAACAGGACUGGGAAUAACAUUUUACUACCUCGUUUGGGAUUUGCCGCCAUUGUCUUCAGUGCCUUUAGUAGCUACGAUCGAGAACUUCCCACAGUUUUUCAGCAUCACUAUCUUUGCCAUGGAGGCGAUUGGCGUGGUGAUGCCCCUCGAGAACAACAUGAAGACGCCACAGCACUUUACGGGAAUCUGUGGAGUUCUCAACAAGGGAAUGUCCGGUGUUACGCUAGUAUAUAUUUUCCUUGGAUUCCUCGGAUAUGCUAAGUACCAAGACGAAACAUUGGGUAGCAUCACUCUGAAUCUACCGACGGAAGAAAUAGCGGCGCAAAUUGUGAAGAUACUGAUUUCGUUAGCCGUCUUUUGCACCUUCGGUUUACAAUUCUACGUGUGCCUUGAUAUCGUGUGGAACGGAGUAAAAAACCGUUUUGAAAAGAAACCGAUUUUAGCCAAUUAUAUCGUAAGGACGGUUCUAGUAACAGGAUCAGUUCUCCUUGCUGUGGCAGUACCGACGAUCGAACCGUUUAUCGGCCUAAUUGGUGCAUUUUGUUUCUCCAUUUUGGGCCUUCUCAUUCCGGUCUUCAUUGAGACCGUAACUUACUGGGACGUCGGCUUCGGACCAGGAAACUGGGUAGCCUUGAAGAAUGUAAUUAUAUGCGUGAUAGGUUUGAUGGCAUUAAUAUUUGGAUCACGCAGUGCUAUAAUGGAUAUAGUGAAAUUGUACUCUCGAUAGGAUAUUUUCCGACUUUUUUUUAUCUAGUGCAAAUAUUUCAACGCAUAUGCAACGAAUUUUUUUAUCAUGUCUUACAAUUAGAUCCGUCUUCGAUAUAGCUAGGUAUUUUAGAACGAAUCCAGCGUGACAAUAGGCUCACGGACAGAUGUUAUUGAAUUUCUGGACAGAAUCGAUAUAUUUAAACUGUAUAUAUUAGCUCAGACCUUCUGAUAUAUUUCCUGACAGUAGAAUCUUCUAAAAGCAUCAAAUAUUUAGACCCACGUUAAUCCUAAUAGGAUCUUUUUUUCAAAGAAUUAAUUUAUUUUUUAUUCCUAUUUAUGUGAACAAAGAACAUGGAAAAUUAUCAAACUUAUAAAAUAACGUAUACGGCUAUAUAUUAUAUUAAUUAUAUAGGACAGAAAUUAAAAACAAAUAUAGAUUUAGGAGCAAUGGCAGUAUUCAUUUAACAGGAGAAAAUGCAAAGUAAUAAAUGAUCGUGAUAAUUCAUUAUCACGAUCGUAAUGUGCGAGUGUAUCCUAAAGGAUGCGUGAAGUUCCUGUAGGAAAUAAUUUCUAUAUUAUCGGAAUGUUAUAUUAUUUAAUUUCAUACAAAAGUUCCGUAUUUAAAUGAAAUUAUAAUUUAAAAAGUUUCAAGCGCUAAGUCGUCAACCUAUGGAAAUCCUUUUCACAAUCUUAUUUGACAGAGAUGUUUCGAUAAAAAAGUAUAUCAAGCGUAUUUUUGUUAAAUUCGCUCAAGCGUGCAAUAUAAUACGGUAUCAAUUUAUAUGUUAAUGUUUAAUGUUGCAAAAAUAUACAAAAAAAAAAAACAUAGUAAAGUAUAUUUUCGUGAAAAAAGCUAUUGAAGGAUUUGGAACCGCAUUCCGAUAAAAAGUGCCGAGUUGCAUGAAACGGAUGCGUGUUAUUUGUAUGGAAAAAAAAAUGUUGCUCAAGUAAAAUGCUUCACGCAGUCUUCCUACAUUGCAUUUAAAAUUAACAUCAAAAUAUACCUUUCUGAUAUAUAUAGGAAACACAUAUAUAUAUAUAUAUAUAUACCCAGUUCCUCUUUUUUACGAGUGGACAAACGUUUGUAUCAAUAUAAACGAAAGUUGUACUAUUUGUAACAGAGUUUGUAACACAUGGCACUGGCUGGAGUUACGUAAAAUAUAAAUAAUUUUACAUUUUGUAAA